CAUCCCCUCUGCUUUGCCUGCCACUGCCAUCACCAUGCCCACCCAUCGGCUGGUGAUCGUCCGCCAUGGUGAGAGCACAUGGAACCAAGAGAAUCGCUUCUGUGGCUGGUUCGAUGCAGAGCUGAGCGAGAAGGGGAGGGAAGAGGCCAAGCGUGGAGCCCAGGCCGUCAAGGAAGCUGGCCUGGAGUUUGACAUCUGCUACACCUCAGUACUGAAGCGUGCCAUCCGCACCCUCUGGAUCAUCCUAGAUGGUGUGGACCAGAUGUGGGUGCCCGUGGUGCGGACCUGGCGCCUGAACGAGCGCCACUAUGGUGGUCUCACAGGCCUCAACAAAGCAGAGACCGCCGCCAAGCAUGGGGAAGCACAGGUCAAGAUCUGGAGACGUUCCUUUGAUAUCCCACCCCCACCCAUGGAUGAGACGCACCCCUACCAUGCGGUCAUCAGCAAGGAGCGGCGCUAUGCUGGUCUGAAGCCUGGGGAGCUGCCCACCUGUGAGAGCCUGAAGGAUACUAUUGCCCGGGCUCUUCCCUUCUGGAAUGAGCAAAUCGCCCCCCAGAUCAAGUCAGGGAAGAGAGUUCUUAUUGCUGCCCAUGGCAACAGCUUACGAGGCAUAGUCAAGCACCUGGAAGGCAUGUCAGACGAGGCCAUUAUGGAACUCAACUUGCCCACUGGGAUCCCCAUCGUGUAUGAACUGGACGACCAGCUGAAGCCCACCAAGCCCAUGCAGUUCCUUGGGGAUGAGGAAACAGUCCGGAAGGCCAUGGAGGCAGUGGCUGCCCAGGGCAAGGCCAAGUAAUAGCCUGGAAGCAAACUGCGCAAUAAAGUC